AUGACCUCAGAAAAGCUAGGCGCUGCCAUAGCGAAUGUCUGGAUGGAAACCAAGCAAACCAGGCCGUAUGCUCUACCUUUGACAACUGCAGUCGCACUGAAAUGGCCCCUGCUCUCCCCAGUGGCGCCUCGUAUUGCGCUUAUUGGCUUCAAAUACUGCCAGCCACUGUUGCUGGCGAGCGUGGUCAAUCAUGUGCAGCUCCCAGAUACACACCGUGACAGAAAUGCCGGCUAUGGUCUGAUCGGAGCGACAGCCAUCGUCUACAUUGGUAUUGCAAUGAGCACUGGACUGUACAAUCUCAAAGUAUACCGGCCCACCGUCAUGAUACGCGGUUCGCUUGUGAGCAUCGUCUACCGCAAAACCUUGAGACUACAUCUAAAUGAAGCCAAAUCUUCCGCCGCGUUAACUCUGGCUAGUUCGGAUGUAGAUCGGAUUGGCCUGACAGUUGAAAGUGGCCAUGAGAUCUGGGCCAGUAGCAUUGAAACCAUAUUAGCCCUCGUGCUGCUGCAACGGCAAUUAGGCUGGGCCAGUAUUGCCCCUGUAUUACUCGCUUUGCUGGCCACUGCAGCAAAUACGCGAAUCGCAAAGUAUGUCCCACGGCGCCAACGGGAAUGGGGCGCUGCGAUCCAGAAGCGGGUAACCCUCACAUCAUCAGUCCUCAGGAAUAUGAAAAGCGUCAGGAUGAUGGGCCUGCAGGAGACGAUUGCUCGGACAAUCCAAAGGGCCAGGGUCUACGAGCUGGAUCUGUCGAAGCGCUACCGGAGUUUCUUUGCGUACAUGGCCAUUAUCUCAACCAUACCUUUGCAAUUUUCUGCACCGUUCGCUUUUGUCAUCUAUAUAUAUGGCGUCAAAUCACGCCAUGGACAUGACUCUGUUGCAGCACAGAUCUUCGCCUCAAUUUCAUUGACUCAGCUGCUCGCUACUCCAUUGCAAAAUGUCUUAUCUUCCAUCCCGUCAUUUGCGGGGUCCCUUGGUUCCUUCACUCGUAUCCAGGCCUACCUUAGGCUUGACGAUCGUGUUGAUGGCAGGGAUACCAGCUUUGCAGGUAUCCGAGAAAGCGCGAAGGAGCCAAUUGUGCACGGAAACCAGCUUGAAUUGGGAAACUCGGGAGCGUCAGGAGCAAGCACUACUAUGGGAAAACUUGCAAUUUCAGUGCGAGAGGCGGAUAUUUCCUACUCCGCGGACUCGCAUCCAAUCCUCCAAAAACACAACUUUGAAAUUCGGAAAGGUCUCUUAAACGUAGUCGUCGGCCCUGUGGGCUGUGGAAAGACCACGCUGCUCAACGCCCUCCUCGGCGAGAUUACGACCUCCAAUGGCAAAGUGGUCGUAGAUGGUUCUCCAAUUGCCUAUUGCCAGCAAACGCCUUGGCUCAUUAAUGCCUCCAUCAAGGAGAACAUCCUGAAUCAAUCUCCGUACAAUGAGACCUGGUAUAAGAGGGUGAUUUCGUCCUGCGGACUAAACGCAGACAUUGAACGACUACCUGAUGGUGAUGAUACUAUUGUUGGAAGCCGGGGAACCAUCCUAAGCGGUGGACAGAAGCAGCGGCUGGCCCUCGCCCGGGCAGUCUACGCUCGAGCACCAAUAGUUGUUCUGGACGAUACCUUGAGUGCUCUCGAUGCGCGAACUGAGAAGCUGGUUUUUGAUCGCACACUGUCCAAAACGGGACUCUUUCAGCAGCUUGGAUCGACGGUCAUCCUGGUCACUCACUCAGUGCAGCAUCUUCGGUCUGCGGAUAAUAUCAUUGCAUUGGAUUCAAAAGGACGUAUCGAGCAACAUGGCUCAUUCAGAGAGCUUAGUGGUCGAGAGGCACCAGUUGGACGCCUGUUGACUGAGUGUCCUCCUGACAAGAGCAGUGCGGAAAAUAACAGCCCGGAAUCAGCUUCUGGUUCAGCUUCUUCAAGCCAAGCUCAGAGGGAAGCAAAUGUGUCAUUGCCGCAUGCUGCUGCUGCCCCGGGCCCAAAAAGGAAGACCAUAUCCGAUUCAGCUGUCUUGAUGUAUUACCUGAAGUCCAUUGGAUGGUAUCGGGCGUCGAUAUUCCUCCUUACAAGCCUGGCGUAUGUGCUCUGCAUCAGCUUCACCCAGAUCUGGGUCCAGUGGUGGACGGAAUCUAAGAAUUCCAAUGAUGGAUCCUUCUUAGGGAUCUACUUUGCUCUGGCAGUUGGUGCCAUUGCGAACUAUAGUUCGUCCAUCUGGUGCAUGAUGAUCUCUAUUGUGCCCAUUUCGGCAGCGAAACUGCACUGGAAGCUCCUUGAUUCCGUUCUGCAUGCCCCCAUGUCAUUCUUCUCGUCUGUAGACUCGGGGAUUACCCUCAACCGGUUCAGUCAGGACAUGUCGCUGAUCAACAGUCGCCUGCCUGUGUCUACAAUGCAGGCAACGCCGAUGGCUUUCCAAGCGCUAGCACAGAUCGCCCUUAUAGCCGUUGGGUCUACCUACCUGGCCAUUGCGAUUCCCUUCUGUCUCGGUACGACCUGGGCUCUACAACGAUUCUAUCUCCGCACGUCGAGACAGCUUCGCUUACUCGACUUGGAAUUGAAAUCUCCAUUGUUCUCAAGCAUUUCCGAGACCUUGGAAGGUCUCCCGACGAUUCGUGCCUUGGGCUGGGAGGAGAAAUUCAAACGACGUAAUCAGGAUCGGUUGGACGCCUCGCAGCGUCCAGUCUACCUCCUCUACUGUAUCCAGCGGUGGCUGAAUUUUGUCCUUGAUCUCAUAGUGGCAGCACUGGCUAUCCUGCUAGUCAGUCUGGCGACUCAGUUGCCGAGCAGCACGAGCGGGGGGCGUCUGGGUGUUGCGAUGCUCAACAUCCUCGGCUUCAGCCAGAGUUUGUCCCAGUUCAUCUUCUUCUACACCGACUUGGAGACGUCAUUACAAGCCGUUUCCCGGGUGAAGGAGUUUGUGGAAACGACCAAAACUGGCCUGCUCGGGGGUGCGGUGGAGUUUCGUGAUGUCACAGCUUCGUAUGCUACUGGCACGGACAAUGCUGUUCUCAAGGGUGUCUCCCUAGCCAUCCAGCCUGGACAAAAGGUCGGAAUAUGUGGCCGGACAGGCAGCGGCAAGUCCUCCUUGCUGUCUGCCUUGUUCUGCAUGAUUGAACUCCAGAGUGGCAGCAUUACUAUUGACGGAAUUGACCUCAGCAUCAUAUCCCGAAAAGAGGUGCGUUCACGGUUAAUUGCAAUCCCCCAGGAUCCCUUCUUGCUCCCCGGGACAGCCCGUUUCAAUGCGUCGCCCGACGAAACAGUCGCAGACAACCGAAUCAUCAAAGCCCUCGAGAAAGUCGGGCUGUGGGAGCACGUCCAGAAGCGCGGUGGCCUUGACCCCGAUAUUGAUAUUCUGGCUCUGUCGCAUGGCCAGCAGCAGCUCUUUUGUCUUGCGAGGGCAAUGCUGAGGCCCAGCAAUAUUCUCGUACUGGACGAGGCGACUAGUAAUGUUGACUGGGGAACCAAUGAGGUUAUGCAACGGGUUAUUCGGGGGGAGUUUGCGAAUAAGACGAUUAUCACUGUCGCGCAUCGCUUGAGAACUAUUCUGGAUAGUGAUUUGGUGGUGGUCCUCGGCGAGGGGCGUAUUCUUGAGGCAGGUCAUCCGGGGGAACUGCUUGCGAGUCGAAGCCAAUUCUGGGAAUUGUGUAGUGCUCAAGGCAUCACCACCAUCGAUAGCAUCUGA